UAAAGGCACAAAAUUGCACCUUUUCAAUUGUUCCAAAAGGACUCUAAAACCCACAGGGAUGCCCUUGUGCAGUUACUGCUAGAAAAGCCGACAAACUCACCGGAAAGUGAUCCCAUGUCCUCCGACAACACUUGCCGGAAUUAAACAUUUUCCGACAGAGUCUCUAAACCCAGCUGAAACCCCAACUUCAGAAAUGCUCUCCCGUUCUAAAACCCCAACACUUCAAUCUCUCUAUGUCAUUCUCAAGCUCAAGUUUUUCUCCACAAACACCAAAAACACACACCAAAAGCUUCCAACUUUUCCAACACUAUACAAGAUUCCAGCAAAAUAUAGGCCUCAAGCCAUUUUACAAGCUCAAGAAGUACUCACUGAUUACUUCCAUAACACUAGAUCCUUACCCUUCACUUUUGCCGAAUACAUUGGUAAAAACUCAAGAUUUUCCCUUUUGGGUCUUGUUUCUAAAGUCCCUUUUUCUCGUACUUGCUUUCCCAAUUCCAUUCAAAGGUUCUUAAGGUACCAUCCCAUUAAUGAAUUUGAGUUUUUCUUUGAAAGCAUUGGUAUAAAUCAUGUAGAAAUUAGUCCUAUGUUGCAUACGAACAAAUGCUUCUUGUCUGAAGAUUCUAAAGUUUUUGAUGCUGCUUGUGCUCUUGCUUGUUUUGGUUUCCCUUGGAACAAAUUGGGUAUUUUGUACAAAGGGCAAGUUUCUAUUUUUAGUAAAGAGCCUUGUGAAUUGAGAUAUAGGCUUUCACUUUUUGAACAAUAUGGGUUUGGUAAUGUUGCUGUUAUUGGUAUUUGCUUAGCUUUCCCGCACGUGUUGGGUGGAACUAGUGGUUUCCUUGACGAAAUUGAUAUGCUGUUUGAUGAUAUGAAAAUGGUGUUUCUUGAUUUUGAUCUUGCUAGUGAAGUAGAGGGAAAUGUGGAUGCUUGGUUUGAGAUUUGUAGGAAAGUUGCAAUUUUUUAUGAAUUGGGUUGUGAGAAAAGGAAGAUUGGUGAAUUGAUGGGAAGAAAUAAAAGCAUUUUUGUUGAUUAUUCUGAAGAGGUUUUGGCUCAAAAGAUUGGGUUUUUCUGUAGACUGGGUGUGAGAAAAGCUGAGGUUGGACUUUUGGUUCUGUCGAAGCCUGAGAUUUUGAGUUUUGAUUUAGAAGAUCGUGUGAUUUCGACAGUAGGAUUUUUGAAACAUUUCGGGAUGGGUGUAAAUAAAUUAAAAUUGACUGCCCAAACUUACCAAUACAUUAUGGGUAGAAAUAGAAUAGCUAACAUACCUCAUGUUUUGAGAUCGUUGGAUCUAAGUGAGUGGUUCUUUGACAGACUAAAAAAUGGUGGUCAUGGUCUGUUAGGUAGCUAUGUUAUUGGCAGUGUUGAAGACUUUGACGAAGAUUAUGCGGAACAAUUGCAGAAAAUUCAGGCAUCCAGAACACCUGUAUAUACCCGUCGAAAAUUAAGUUUCUUGCAUGGGAUUGGCUUUGGAGAAAACAAGCUCACAAUGAAAGUAUUGUCUCAGUUGCAUGGUCCAGGUGAUGAGUUACAGGAACGGUUUGAUUGCCUACUUUGUGGUGGAGUUAACUUUUCGACACUCUGCAGAAUGCUUUCAGUGUCGCCAAAGAUUCUGAACCAGAAAGCUGAAAUACUUGAUAAAAAAAUAAAAUUUCUUUUCCUGGGUAUGGGGUUAUCUCAGGAUGAGCUUUGUGCUUUUCCAGCCUGUUUAUGUUAUGACUUGGAGAAGAGGAUAAUGCCCCGUUGCCAAUUCCAUAGGUGGCUUAGAGAACAGGAUUGGUGUCCGUAUGAAUAUUCUCUUGCAAGCAUUGUUGCCACUAGUGAUAAAAUGUUUAUGGAUCGUAUCUCUGACAUUCAUCCAGAUGCCCCUAAAAAGUGGUUUGACAGUUUCUUGAAGGAAAAUCACUCAACAGUUGCAAAGCAAUCUAUGUCUCACCACCACACCUCAUUGGGUAAGUAGGUGGUUGUGUGAUGGUAGAAGUGGGUUGGAGAAGCAAAGAAGAGAAGGAGAUUCCUAAAAUGCCUUCAUUUCAGGAAGCAACAAUAUUGUAAUUUCAGUCGGAUCAGGGCUUGAAUUCCAACUUCAGGCACAGCUUGAAUGAUUGGAAAGUGUACACCGUGUCCUCGUUAUAGCUUAAGCUUCACUAUGUGAAGGGCAAUAUGUGUAGCAGAUGUUCGCUAUGUGAAGGGGCAAAAUGAGGAUAGCAAUCACCUUUUCUUGCAACAUUCAUUUAUCAAGCAAAUCUGAGACCUCAUACUAAACAUUGUGGGAGGUAACAGGAUAAUGCCGAGGGUAACUAAGGAGCUACUGCGAUGCUGGUACAUAAAGGAACGGGAACGUCUAGAAUGAAGACAUGGGGCUCUAUCUGGUGAACUAAUUGGAUGGAAAGGAACACAAGAAUAUAUGAAAGCAAAAAAUAAAUAUGUAAUUUGCAUGUAGUACAGAUAUUAUUUUGGUAUAACAUGGCUAUUGCAAAAGAUACAGAGGCCAUGAUAGAUUUUUGAGUUCAUUACAUAUUUAGCAGUGCCCCUUUGUAAUAUUUAACAUUGCUGUACAUAUUUUUACAGCAUCUUCUGGUUGCUGGUUAAUCAAUAUAAUUACCUUCUGAUGAUU